CGCCCAUCGCCGCUUCAGCGUUGGUUGUCCAUUCGGAAGUCGGAGAGCCAGCCGCAGCCCGCAGUCGCAGUCGCAGUCGUCACUCGUCGGUUUAGCCUCUCACCAACGGCACCAUCCACCGUCCAUCGGGAUUCGGCCCAGUCCCACGACCUGUUAACUCUUCACACGUGAACCGUGACCAUUUGCUAAUGAAGUUGGUCUGGAUUUCGUUGGCCGUCCUCGCCGUCGCCGCGGGACUUGCAGACGCCAAAAGGAAACGCAAGUUCGACGGCGACUUCGAGUUCGCGGAAGAGGACGACGUGAGAAACGUUGCCAAUUCCGGCAAAUCGUUUGAAAAGAAGAGAUGGAUUCAUGACCCUGCAAGCGAACUGUGCCAACCGUUGAAUUGCAAAAAGAAGGAGUUAUGCCUUUUGGAGAACCCCUACACGGCGGUUUGCGUGAGCAAAAAGGAUCUGCACAAAAGCGGAGACCUCGUCGUACCCAAGUCGAAAUUAAGUCCGGAAGAAGCCGCUAAGUAUUCGCAGGAACAGUCUGACGAUGACGUCUUCUACGACUCCGACGACGAGGACGACGAUCCCGAUUCGAACCAAGACCUCAUGACUCGAUGCAACCCGUGCCCUGUGGUAAAGCCCACCUUCCUCUGCGGUACGGACAACCGCACGUACAGCUCCCUGUGCAGACUCGACUACCACAACUGCAUCCAUCACACGAGCGUGAAAGUCUACUGCAAGGGAUUUUGCCCGUGUAAAGAGGGAGAAGCGCACAGGAAGAAGCAGAAGCAGGAGUCGGAAAGGAUGACGAACUUGAUGAACAAGUACAAAGCGACAGCUCUUGAAGAGUCUAAAGCAAAGGAGAGCCUGUCCAACAACGUCGAUAAGUACACCUUCACACCACAGGACUUCAAUUAUGAAAACAAGCACUACAAGUACAUCAAAUACACCAAACACGAAAAUAAACCAAUGAAGGCCGUCACCAAUCCUCCCUAUUAUGAAGACAAAGAGAGAAUGAGGGGAGACAACGAUGUUAUAGACAGGAAGCCGAAUCUCAGAGCGAAAUCCGAGUGCCCACCUCCUGCCCUACAAGCAAUGGGAGACAGGCUUUUGGACUGGUUUUCUGUUAUCAUGGCAGACUCGAAACGAAGGCAAACUCACAUAAGAUCCAAAGGAGUAACAAGGUUCCCUUCAAGCUGCAAGAACGAAGUUCGUUGGAUGUUCCACCAUUUGGACACCGAUUCAGACAACAAGCUGACCCUGCAUGAACUGUACGACUUGGAGCACGACCAGAACGAGAGAUGUAUCAAGCCUUUCCUCGAUGAAUGCGAUAUUGACCGGGAUAUCUUUGUGACUCCUCAUGAAUGGUGCAAAUGCUUCGACAAGACAGACAGGCCAUGUGCAGCUGUGAAAAGGAGAAUUUCAACAAACAUGUUAGGUGUUUAUGUACCAGAUUGUGACCCUGAUGGUUACUACUAUCAUACACAAUGCCAUGUGUCUGUUGGCAUGUGCUGGUGUGUUGACAAACAUGGAGUGGAACUGCCCAACUCCCGUACAAGAGGAAAACCCAAUUGCGAAUCCUUACUGGGAAAGAGCAAGGGGAAACUACAAGAUGUCAGCGAUGAUGAUGAUGAUGAUGACGAUGACGAUGAUGAUUCAGAUCAAGAUAUCGAAGGCAGUGCUGAUCAACCUUUAGAUUUUUAGAGUUUAUAUUAUUAACCAGGCCUAUUGAAGGAUCAAAACAAAAGUUUAAUAUAAGCUGUAUGUGUGGUGAAAUUGUCAGGCCUAGGACUGAGAUUUGCAAUGUCGCCUUGUGAUUACAACAAUGCACAUAACUUUAUUCCUCCAAAUCAGCAGUGCUAUACAACUCGACUUAAAAAUAGUGUUUAGAUGAGAAAUCAUGGUGUAUUCUUCUUUUAAUUAACAUUUUUCUUAAGUAGCUCUUUUAUAAUGAUGAAGUGUAGAGUUAUGAUUAAGUAUUUAUUACAAUUCCAUGUUUACCAAGCACACUAUAAUAUAUAUAAGUAUGAAACAUUCUAGGGUAAUAUUGUUAUAUCUCGUCAGUGUGGUUUAUAGACACCAAGGCUGGUGCCAUCAGAUUAAAAAUAAAUAAAAAAUAAAAAAAUGAGAGAAAGUAUUUGGCAUUUUGCUUUGUAGAAUUAGCCAAAAAAAAUUAUUGUAUAACAUAUAGGAAAGUACAGUUGUUCUUGUAAAAUUAAUAUAUAGCCCAACACUUACAAAACUUAUGUGUUAAAUGUGAAAAAAAAAGUAAGAUAGGAGUAAACUCACCUUGCGGCUUUCCUCUCUACUUUUAUUUUGAUUAACAAAAUGAACAAAAUUUUGUCAUUUUCAAAUUGAUCAAAUGGCCAUGAUUAUUUGAAUACACGCAGUGUUUUGUGUUUUAUUAUACAACUACUGUUUCUCGCAAAUGUGAGUACAAAUGUGAAUAUAUUUGUAAAAUGAUGGUUAGAGUAGUUAGAAAAGAAGCUAGUGAUCUGUUCUCUAAUACAAAACUAUUCAACUGGGAAAUUUCACAUUCCAUCCAUUUAAAAGCAUUCCAUAGAACAAAUACAAAAUAUCGGCAUGGAAAAACGAAGCUACUUACAAUCAAUAUUAAGCAUGGAGUAUUCUCAAUUAAAGUAAAAAUUGUGAUUUAUUUAUAAUAAUUUAAACAAUAUUGAGUUUAUAAAAUAUAUGUAUAAAAUUGUAUGUAUUUUUUUAUGUUUUGAAAAAGUUUGAAUCAUAAAAGAAACUAUGUUAUGUGCACUUUUAAACCGUCCGAUCAAUUUUUAGUUUUAUUUAUGUUGUAUUUACCAUUAUGUUGUUCAGUUGUUAUGGAGAUUUUCCAAAAUUUAUUUUUAUCUAAAUUAUUACACUUUCUCGUUAUAUAAUGAGAAGACUUUUUGUUGUCAAUUUUUUAUUUUCAGAAGGCUUUCUGUUUAUACAAAUCAGAGGAAAUGAAUUAUAUAUACCACUAUAUAAUCGUCAUAACAAUAAAAUACUGCACAGAGCUUCGAAAUUAUGUAUGGCAUCACAGAGCCCAAUAAAGCGUAAUGAAAUUUUAUUUAUAAAUAAAUAUUAUUUAUUUUUUUUUUAGUUAAUGGAAUCAGUUUUUGAUGGUUACAUUAGGUACUUACAAUUUACCAGUGUUAGCAAUACUGAUUAUUGUUUAUAGAAAUGUAUCUGUGUUAAUUCAUAAUAGGUGUAUGGUGUUUAUUAGAUAAUUAUCAUUAGGUAAUUUUUAAAAAAAGGUAAUGUAUGUGUAAAUAUAUAACUGCUCAUAACUUCAUACACAGUAAGAACUGUUUUCUCCUUUUUAAAUAUAUUGGAUGAAAAGUAAUAAAAGUGAAAUAGUUAAAAACUCUGUACACUUUAAUUAAACUUUACGUUUCAAAAACCAAUUUUCUAGCUUUUUUUAUAUCACUGAUGUUCAGGUAUUUAACAAGAAGUUUCAUUGUUAUGUGCUUUUAAAUGUUUAGGAUGUGUUUUUAAAAGUAUUACUAAAUAAGAUUUAGAUAUAGCAGGUAAUUUUCAAAAUAACAUUUUAGUUGAAAUGACUAAAGUUGAAAAAACAAAACAAAAAAGUGUGGAACUGGGCUGAUAUCCCAAAACACGAAAAGUUAUUUUGUCACUUGUGUAUCUGCUCUUAAUAAUAAAACCCACCCAAAUAAAAUUUUCAGUUAAUA